GUUAUUAUCCAUGAAAGACUUUGUCAAAGCUUAUGUCCCUCAUCAGACAACCUGGCUCUCAGACAACCGUAAGAAAUUCCACUACAGCAGCAGCAAAAUAUUAAAAUCAAACAGUUAUGAAAGAAAAAAAAAAGAGGGUAUUAUUAUCAUUUAUGAGUGAACAAUAAGAAAAAAAAAAGAAAAUGGAAUCAAAUUGCAUCAGAGAAUCAUCAAAAGCCUGUUUCAACACUUGCUGUAUUAACCCUCUUCUCAGCCUGCCGGAGCCCCACAGUUCCUCCCCUCCCAACUCCGCCGUCACCGUCGAUCCUCGCCGGAACUUCAUCUCCGCCAUACUCUCCUCCAUCCAACCACCAAACGCUGUUUUCACCAACCACGAGUCCCUUCCCUCAUCCACCGAACUCUUCUCCAGCCUUAAAAACGCAGUCUUGAACUACUCAAACACGGUUUUAUCGGACGACAUUCGAGCUCGAGAUUACUACCACCUCACUGUCUCCAAUCACGUAUGUCUCGAUUACGUGGGCCACGGCCUCUUCUCAUAUUCCCAAAAACCGAAAUACGAAACCGCCACAUCAUCAUCAUCGUCGUCAUCAGAUGAUGCUCCAUUCUUCGACAUUUCGUACAACUCGGUGAACUUGAACUCUUACUUACAAUACGGAAACCAAGAAUCGGAAUUCCAGGCAAAAAUACGAAAAAGAAUCAUCGCAUAUAUGAAUUUGUACGAGGAGGACUAUUCAUUGGUUUUCACAGCCAAUCAGUCAUCAGCAUUCAAGAUUCUUGCAGACUCGUAUCCAUUCCAAUCCAAUCAAAAUCUCUUAACCGUUUACGAUUACGAAAACGAAGCUGUCCGAGCGAUGGUUGAUAGCGCGACAAAGAGAGGCGCACGAGUUCAAUCGGCCGUUUUUUCAUGGCCGAAUUUUCGAGUAAACGCGAAAAAACUCCGGAAAAUCGUCGUCGGUAAGAGCCAGAGCAAGAACAAGAACAAGAAAAAGGGCCUUUUCGUCUUUCCGCUCCAAUCGAGGAUGACGGGGUCGAGAUAUUCGUACCAAUGGAUGAAUCUUGCUAGAGAAAACGGGUGGCACGUUCUAUUAGAUGCAUCUGCAUUAGGAGCAAAGGACAUGGAAACAUUAGGACUCUCUCUUUUCCAACCAGAUUUCAUCAUAUGCUCAUUCUUCAAGAUUUUCGGCGAAAACCCAUCCGGGUUUUGCUGUCUGUUCAUCAAGAAAUCGAGUAUUUCCGAUUUGACCCAAUCAUCAAAAAGCACGGGUAUAAUCAGCAUAAAGGGCCCAAUUGAAAGUUCAGCCGCCAUUGAUGAACCACCAACAUCUUCCGCCUCAACAUCCCAACAGAUUAUUAUCACUAAAAGCCCAGAAAUUCAAGAAAUUGACGAAAAAGCCCCUGAAUUAACUACCGAGCCCAAAAAAACCCUAGAAAUCGAAUUUCGAGGACUGGACCACGCAGACGAAUUAGGGCUAAUUCUGAUCAGCAACAGAUUACGAUGCCUGAUUAACUGGCUGGUCAACGCGUUGAUGUGCCUCCGCCACCCACACUCCGGCGUUCCGUUGAUCGGAAUAUACGGGCCGAGAAUCAAACUGGAGCGGGGGCCCGCCGUCGCGUUCAACGUGUACGAUUGGAAAGGGGAAAGAGUCGAUCCGAUUCUGGUGCAGAAAUUAGCCGAUCGGAACAACAUUUCUGUGAGCGUUGGAUUCCUGAAGAACAUAUGGUUCGACGAGGGUUUCAAGGAAGAGAGAGGAAUCGUGCUGGAAAAUCGAAGAACGAAGAAGAAGAAGAAGAGGAGAGAGAAAUCGGAUUGCGGCGUGGGUGCGGUGGCGAUUUCGAUCGGAAUGCUGAAUAAUUUUGAGGAUGUGUACAGGAUUUGGGGAUUUGUUGCUAGGUUUUUGGAUGCUGAUUUUGUAGAGAAGGAGAGAUGGCGGUACACUGCUCUUAAUCAAACUACUGUUGAGAUUUGAGUGAGGAAUUUUUUUUUUUAUUAAUAAAUAAUAAUUCUUUAAUUAUUAUUA